CACGGUGCCAUGCUGUUGUGACAGAUGGAAAAAUCCUAUGUAGGGCACGCAGGAAGGGCUCCGAGGGCCCGCCUGGCACGGUGGGUGGAUGGGAACCCAUCUCUCCUCUCAGUGAGUUACCCAUAUGCACUUCCUGAAAAGACCGUUCCUGUUUGAAUGUCUGGGUUACAAAACCGGAGAGUUCACCGUUCCCAGUGAGAGGUUCCCUGCAGCCUGGAACGGAAGCAGCCAGAGGCACUGCGGAAACUUCUCCCCCAGCGCUCUGCCCACCAAGCAUGCCGCACUCGGCCUGGCCCCCACCAUGAGCGCCGAGCUCAAUGUGCCUGUGGACCCCUCUGCUCCCGCCUGCUCAGAACCCGGCCAUAAGGGCAUGGAUUACCGGGACUGGGUCCGCCGCAGCUACCUGGAACUGGUCACCUCCAACCACCACUCUGUACAGGCGCUCUCCUGGAGGAAACUCUACCUGAGCAGGGCCAAGCUAAAGGCCUCCAGCCGGACGUCAGCCCUCCUCUCGGGCUUUGCCAUGGUGGCCAUGGUGGAGGUGCAGCUGGAGACGCAAUACCAGUACCCGCGGCCGCUGCUCAUCGCCUUCAGCGCCUGCACCACGGUGCUGGUGGCCGUGCACCUGUUCGCCCUGCUCAUUAGCACGUGCAUCCUGCCCAACGUGGAGGCCGUGAGCAACAUCCACAACCUCAACUCCAUCAGCGAGUCUCCGCACGAGCGCAUGCACCCCUACAUCGAGCUGGCCUGGGGCUUCUCCACCGUGCUGGGCAUCCUGCUCUUCCUGGCCGAGGUGGUGCUGCUCUGCUGGAUCAAGUUCCUGCCCGUGGACGCGCGCCACCAGCCGGGCCCCCCUCCCGGCCCCGCCGGCCACACGGGCUGGCAGGCCGCCCUGGUGUCCACCAUCAUCAUGGUGCCCGUGGGCCUCAUCUUCGUGGUCUUCACCAUCCACUUCUAUCGCUCGCUGGUGCGCCAUAAGACCGAGCGGCACAACCGCGAGAUUGAGGAGCUGCACAAGCUCAAGGUGCAGCUGGACGGGCACGAGCGCAGCCUGCAGGUGGUGUGAGCGCAUGCGCUCCCGGGCGCGGCCGCCGCCGCGUCUGCGUCACUUGGCGUGGACCGGAACUCGCCUGCCUCCUGGACAGUUUCAGACACGUGGAUGGCCCACUGGGCCGCCGAGUCACUGCCAGGCGGUUCGAGACCAAAGUUCUACUCCUGUCUUAAUGCUGUUAAGACCUGGCUCGUUUUCCCUCGGAAGAUGGAACUCUUCAGUUAAAGGGGAGACUGAUGGCCAAGAGCUCAGGGCAAAGAAAGAGUGAGUCCUUGGCCCUGGGGACUUCCAGAGGCAAGGAGGCCGGGCUCUGGGUUGUAAGGGGUGGUCACGGGUCCCCUCGGAGUCUUGGACUGAGUGACCAGCUCGGGGCGGGAGCCUGGCAGGGGCCUAUAGAGUCGGGGCAGCAUCCUGAGUUCACGGAAGAGAUUGUACCCCGAUUCCGGAGCUGGGCUGGUGGCAGCCCGGGGGCAUGAGUGAUGAUACCACCCUGCUAUGAAUAGAUGGGGCGCAGGAUUAACAGCUUGGCCUGGUGCUUCCCUCCCUGCCCUGGAGGGAGUUGGGUGGCCUGGCUCCUGGGGCAGGUGGGGGCGGGGAGGCAGGAACCUGGGUAGGGCAAGUCAGUACAGCAAGUACAUCAGACUAGUUAGGCCUUGGAUGAGAUGUCCGAGGUCUGAGGCCUGCGGGGUCGGGAGGCCUAUCUCUGGGCAUCCCAGGUGAGGUGCCCACUUGAGACGGCUAACAAGGAUGACCUGAAGCAGCCUGAGCUCAAACUCUCUCUUCCCAGACAGCAGGAUCCCUGGCCGCACUGACCCAGCGAGGCCACCAGGUUGGGGAAGGGGCCCACAGUCCAGAGACGUCCUUCUCUCAACCCCAGAUUGUCCCCUGAGCUGUCAGCCCUCUGAGCUGUGGCUACACAGGGCAGGACACUGGCCAGGCAGCUGAACUCACCCAUUUCCCUGCUGCCUGUGGCCCCGGCUGUGGGAGGGGGUGGCCUGGGGGACUUCGUGUCUAGACAAGGCUGUGGCCUGGCCUGGUCCGUGGGUGGUGGUGUCAGAGGCCAGCCCUGGCCACAUGUGGGUUCUGCUUAUGACAGCAGGGAGACCAAGGUCCUGUGUAGCGCUCCUUGGGGGCCCCCCAGGCCUUCCGGCCACACCCACAGGCCCAGCUCAUACUUCUACACAGCCAUGCACAGGUGUGGGUUCUGGUGUUUUCAAGAAGGGCAUCUGGUAGACCUGAGCCCGUGUCCUGGGGUAGAACACACACAUGCUACAGCUCAGCUUAUCUGUGAGCUUGCUGUGCUCUGAGCUGCUUUUAAGAACCACAUGUACAAUACUGGCCAGCAGCCAUCAGAAAGGGGUGCCUUUUCUUUUGUUUCCACAGUCAUCGGACUUCAUGUUCCGAUGGCAUUUCUGUCCACAGCCUAGUAGCUCUGUGGUGUCUGGGUUGUGAGUGCCAAGAAAUGCUGGUGGGCCUUGCCGAGGUUUCUGAGACUGUGACAUACUGUUGAGAAUGUAAACCUUAACACAUCACUCUGAAAUGCUGAGUACCACCAGUGCAAGUCGUGGCAUUUACGGGGAGCCUGGACGUCGUGUCCUGCGGGGCCAGAGGUGAGCCCUGGCGCCUUCCGAAAGGCGUGUCCCUCAUGCUGACAUCCUCUGCUGACAUCUGUUGUGACUUGCUCGCGUCUUAGCGCAUGUCUCCUUUCCUCUCCUGGAGCCUUGUUGAAAAGGCUUGUCUGGUUUAAUGUGUUUCUUUUGUGCAAGAAUGUCAGCGUCACUGCAAGACCGCCACUGUGUGUCCUGGUAGGGACCAGACGGGCUGGCUCCUCCCCACUGCGGGGAGCAGGCAGCAGCCCCUUCCUCUAGCCUGAGCCUUUUGAGAGGGGCCUCACGGGGCUGAUUGUGACCCGCUUAUCUGGGCCGCCUGGUGCCCCCUCCUGUGAGCCAGAACCAUGGAGUGCCCAGCUUACCAAACCGUGGCAAUACCCCAGGUAUCAGCCAGGAGCCCGCUGUUAACGCCUGGCCCGUGGCGGUGGUGGGAGGGGGGUUUCCUAACCUGGCCACAUCAGGGUCGGACACUAGGUGCCAGGGACAGUGCCACACGGGUAGGGAAGAUGCCACAUGACAUAUUUUAGACACUGAUUAGGAGAACAAUGUUCUUGUAAUUUAUUUUCAUCCAGCGAGUUUUCUUGGCUCCAGCCUUUCUAGUUCCGAGGUGUGGGGCAGUUUCUGUGAGAACAGAGAUGACCGUGGGUUGGGGCCUGGCGAUGGGGGUCCCCUCAGGGCAGCCCAGAGCGUCCUCUGGGGCAGGAGAGUAAACUACUAUUUGGAGCCGCAGCAGGGCAGUCUCGGAAGGAGAGGGAAGCAUAUUUACAGGCUAGAAAUUCGGUUUCUGGAGGUUUAACCUGAUUGUGAAGAGGGUUCUGAGUACAGUGGCCUCUCCAUGGUGAGAGGAGCCAGUGUGGGCUUGCCCUAUUUUCCUCUGAAAGGAGCCUUCCUGGUGCUCAUAAAACAAAUGCCCGCAGAUACACAGAGGCCGUUUCCAAACUGGAACACAAUCUCCAUUUAGUACCGGACCAGAAGCAAACGCAAGGGUUUCUAUUUUGGACAAACUGCCAGGGCAGAAUGUAUUUCAGUGUCUUCUAGGGAAAUCCGUGCAGGACAAAACCACGCAAGCCUGAGUGGAUUGAGGCUCAUUUACAGAACUUAUCUGUCUUCUGCUGAGAAAUGCACUAUGCAUGACAUCAUGGAGACCACAUGUGGUGUAUGCAACCCCAUUCCCCCCCAUCCUGUAUAUGGAGUUUUUAAAAACAGUUGCCCUGGAUUGAACUGAAUAAAGAAAGCUAUAACCUGC